AUGUCAGACUUCCUCACCUCCCCCUCUCCUUCUACCCCUCCCCUCUUCCACUGCAACUACAGUGACUGGUCUCCCUCCUUCUCCAUCAUCCCAUCCAUCUACCUGCUGGCCUUCCUGGUUGGUUGCCUCGGCAACAGUCUGGUGCUGUGGGCCUACCUGGACCGAGCCGAUGGGAAGGGAACUGGAAAGCUCUGUUGCACUGGCAUUUUCAGAACCAGUCAGCAGAGCAUUAACAGUGCUGGUAGAUUUCACCAUGGGUCAGUUCUUCAGAAGAACAAGGAGAACUGUGGAUCUUUCUCAGGACAAAGACCCUCCUCUCACUCCUCCUCCUCCUCCUAUCCUCCCUCCAUCCCUCGUCCCUCCCGCUCGCUGACAGACUCUCUGAUAGCCAGCUUAGCGUUAGCUGACCUCUGCUUCCUUGUGACUCUUCCUCUGUGGGCGGUCUACACAGCGAUGGGCUACCACUGGCCUUUUGGGCAACCCCUCUGCCAAAUCAGCAGCUUCCUCACUGCGCUUAACAUGUAUGCCAGUGUGUUCAGCCUGAGCAUGCUCAGCGUGGAGCGGUACUGGGUUCUGACUGGACGCCGGCACUCCAGCCACCAUGCACCACAGAGCUGCCCCAGCAGGGCUUUGUGGAUACUUGGAGGGGUGUGGGUGCUGGCGGGGGUGCUGGCACUUCCUGGUCUGCUGCUGCGCUCUGUCAGGGAGGUAGAGGUAGACCCUGAAUCUGAUUAUGAUUGGCAGCUCGAGCCAAUUCAUCCUACUACUGACUCUGGAUCAGUCUUCCUCUCCUGCCAGAUGGAUUACUCCAUGUUGAUUGGAGCAGAGCUGGAAGAGACAGAUCGGGAGAGGGCAGAGAUGUGGUGGACGGCCACCUUGAGUCUUAAAUCAACUCUAAUUGGCUUCCUGCUUCCUCUUGUCAUCUUGCUGGUCUGCUACUGCUCACUGGCCCAGCUCCUCAGCCGACAUUUUGGACGGGGCCCUCGUCCUGACCGCAGGCGCCAGCGAAGACUGCUCAGGGUCAUUGUGACUUUAGUGAUGGCUUUCUUCCUGUGCUGGCUGCCUCUGCACGUUAAUAAGACGGUUUCAAUGCUGCUGGAGUUUGGCUUUGUCCCAUACUCUUGCUCUUUAGAUCAGAUUUUACUGGCAGCUCAGCCAUAUGUCACUUGUUUAGCUUAUCUUAACUCCUGUCUUAAUCCUCUCCUGUACGCUGCAUGCGACCCGUCAUUCAGGAAGAGAUGCAGAGGAGUUCUUUUCAUGUUGUGCGGGACGAGCAGGAAAGGAGGAGGAGAGGAAAGGGAGGGAAAGAAGGAUGAAGGUGAGGAAGAGGAAAGGAGUUCGGCUUUUCCCACAAGAACACAAGAGGAAACAGCAGAUAGGACAGAGGAGGGAGAAGAGGAGAGGGUGGGGGAGGUUGGUGGGAUGAUUGCUGAGAUAACUGCUUCAAAAUGA